ACCGCACCCUGGGAUUUUAAGAAUUUUUUCAUUGAGAUUGAAUCUUGGACGAGCCCUAAUGAUAUUUUUUCUCUUAUUAAAAGAAAAACAACGGCAUCUGAAUCGUCUUCUUCGAGUCUGAGACGCUCUUUUUGCUGGUGUUUUUUUUAGCGGACGAGAAAAUUUUCCGACAUUGAGUAUUAAAGAGUAAUUUUCUCGGCUAAGUUUUUUUUCUGGGUUUUUUUCCUAAGAUGCCGGAGAAAGGAGGGGUUCUGUCUCCGGCGACGAGCCAAGUGACGAUUCUCCGACCGAGCCCUCUGCAUCAAUGGCGUUUCGGUGCUCUCACAGCUCUUGUCUUCUUCCUCAUGGUGGUCGUAUGGAGCAUCGAUGGCUGCACCAUCAAAGGCUUCAUCGAGCCAUGGAGAUGGAAUUCGUAUUCGAUGAGAGUCGACGCUUCUUCCUCUUCGAACGUCACUAAGAAUCAUCAUCUUCAAGAUCCCACCUUUAACACGACCCAUCACCAAAAUCUCACUUCUGACACAGCCCAUUCGCGAAAACCGGAACCGGGCACGACCCGACAACAGAAUCUCCCUUCGAACCUGAAUCGGGGUCAGCUCAAGUGGGUUUCAGCAGAGUUGGAGCCAAAUUUCACGGCGAAUCUCCUGGGAAAGUGGUUGGCUCCGGGGGGAGAACCCUGCAGAGAGGCGAGGACCGUCGAGAUUUCAGUUCCCAGCAUCGACGGUAGGGAUUCGGUAGAGUUAACAACCGGUGAGAUCCAUGAAUUCUAUUUUCAAGCCCUAGAUGAUUCGGGCAAACCCGUUUGCAUUGGUGGGGAUUACUUCGAGACGGAUCUCUCCGGCGAAAACUGGAAAUCUAGACCGCUGGUGAAAGAUUUCGGCAACGGAACUUAUUCUGUGUCGCUUCAGGUUCACCCAGAUUUCGCCGGCGAUUACAAUCUCACCGUGAUUUUGCUCUUCCGUCACUUCGAAGGCCUUAAGUUCAGUCCCACGCGCUUCGCGUUCGACAAAACGCUACGCAACAUCAGAAUACGCUUCGCUAAGGCUGACGUCACUUUGCCGGAGCUCAGGGCAUGUGAAGCAUCGGAUUUUACCAGGGACGCGUGGUCUGGACGGUGGACGAGGCACGGGAAGAACGAUGACUGCCAGAUCAGCAACGACGGCCGCUACCGUUGUCUCCCGGCCGAUUUCGCUUGCCGGAAGCCAUGGUGCGACGGCGCAUUAGGAGCGUUAGAAAGCAAUGGUUGGGUUUACUCGAGCCAUUGCUCUUUCAAGCUGUUUUCCGGCGAUUCAGCUUGGGAAUGCUUGAAGAACAGAUGGAUUUUCUUCUGGGGAGACUCGAAUCACGUGGAUUCGAUCAGAAACUUGCUGAAUUUCGUCCUGGGUCUGCCUGAUAUCCACGCGGUGCCGAGAAGAUUCGACAUGAACUUCACCAACCCGAAAAACGAAUCGCAGACCGUUAGGAUCACGAGCAUUUUCAACGGCCAUUGGAACGAAUCCCAGAACUAUUUAGGAUUGGAUUCGCUGAAAGAUCAAGGCUUUAGAGACUUGUUGAACAAAUACUUCUCAGAAGCGACCGCCCCGGACGCCAUGAUCGUGAACUCAGGCUUACACGACGGCGUCCACUGGUCCAACCUCAGAGCGUUCGUGAAAGGCGCAGAGUACGCAGCCAAGUUCUGGAGAGAGGCAUUCGACUCGGUCACGAGCCGAGGACUGAAGCCACCAAAGGUAAUCUUCAGGAACACGAUCGCGACAGGAGGGUACGCAAGAUCACUGGCUUUCAACCCGAGCAAGAUGGAAGCUUUCAACGGCGUGUUGCUGGAGAAGAUGAGGAGAGAGAUGCUGGUCCAGCGGGUGGUCGAUAACUUCGACAUGACGUAUCCAUGGCACUACGAUAACCGGUGCAAUGACGGGGUUCAUUACGGCAGAGCUCCGGCCAAGAUGCGGUGGAGGGACGGCGAGAUCGGGCAUCAGUACUUCGUGGAUCUGAUGCUUGUGCACGUGCUGAUGAACGCGCUGUGUGUAAGAUGAUUGAGAGGUUGGUGCUUAGGAGUUUUACCCAUUCUUUAUAUUAGUUUUGGGUUGAGGGUAUAGAAGAUGAUGAUUCGAGAUUAUAUACUAUGAUUGUGUGUUUGUGUUUUUUUUUUGUAUAUUAGUUGCAUUUGGUGGGGGAAUUGUAUGAUAAAUGUCGUUAGUAUUUUAUGCACCAACUGAUUUUGUUCUCUUCCAAAAACUUGGCUGUUUGAUGAUGAUGAUGAUGAUGCUGAUGA